GUCACGCGCGCAACCCAUAGCGUGACCGCGCACUACGGGGUCGAGAGAAGUUUGAAGGGCUCGAUCCUCAGAAGAAAACACCGCAGGCUCCCGGAACGUACUCGUUGUAUUUCAGGGGUCCUCAUCAUGCCAAGAAGGAUGCUAACGCCUCACAAGUCUGUUUUCUCUUACUCCCGGCCCCCAAAGUGGCUUAAUGGUGUCAACACUAUGAAUUCAGCCGGAAGUGGUUACAGAGUCUUCUCGGCCAACUCCAGUGCAGCCUGUGUGGAACUGGCUAAGAAAAUCACAGAGAGGUUGGGAGUAGAAUUGGGCAAAGCAGUUGUUUACCAGGAAACCAAUGGAGAAACCAGAGUGGAAAUCCAGGAGUCUGUUCGAGGCCAGGAUAUUUUCAUAAUACAAACUAUCCCAAGGGAUGUGAACACAGCUGUGAUGGAGCUUCUGAUCAUGGCGUAUGCCCUGAAGACGUCCUGUUCAAGGAACAUUAUUGGAGUCAUUCCCUAUUUCCCGUACAGCAAACAGUGCAAGAUGCGCAAGAGGGGCUCCAUUGUAUGCAAAUUACUGGCUUCCAUGCUCUCCAACGCAGGGCUCACACAUAUCAUCACCAUGGACCUGCACCAAAAGGAGAUCCAGGGUUUCUUUAAUAUCCCUGUGGACAACCUCAGAGCCUCCCCGUUUCUGCUUCAAUACAUUCAAGAGGAGAUCCAGGAUUACAGAAAUGCCGUAAUCGUUGCCAAGUCUCCAGAUGCAGCAAAAAGGGCUCAGUCAUAUGCAGAGCGACUUCGCCUGGGGCUCGCAGUCAUACAUGGAGAACCUCAAUGCUCCGAGCAUGACAUGGCAGAUGGACGCAACUCCCCGCCAACAGUUAAGAACACCACUGUUCAUCCAGGACUGGGGUUCCCCUGCAAGCGGCAGCACCCGUUCCCAGGCUUAGAACUGCCAAUGAUGAUUGCCAAGGAAAAGCCUCCGAUCAGUGUUGUCGGAGAUGUAGGGGGAAGAAUUGCUAUCAUUGUGGAUGACAUCAUUGAUGAAGUAGAGAGCUUUGUGGCAGCAGCAGAGAUCCUCAAGGAGCGGGGUGCCUACAAGAUUUUUGUGAUGGCUACCCAUGGAAUUUUGUCUGCAGACGCUCCAUCCCUAUUAGAAGACUCGUCCAUUGAUGAGGUGGUAGUGACAAAUACUGUCCCCCACGAGGUUCAGAAACUGCAGUGCGCCAAGAUUCGGACAGUGGACAUCAGCCUUAUACUAUCUGAGGCCAUCCGCCGCAUACACAACGGAGAAUCCAUGUCCUACCUGUUCCGAAACAUUACAAUGGAUGACUGAGCUUGCCUGCCCACCUCACCAGCCAGAAGUAGGGCAUGUGCCCUCCCUCGUGAUGGAGAAUCCGCAGCGUAGAGGGAAGUGGACAGGGGCAGAGUAGAGCGCAGAAGAUCUAGGCAUUUUUCCAUUGCUACAUUUUCUACUACAGGCUCCUAUCGCUUCACUGUUUGGGAGGACGAGGCAAGCGCUGCAUGGCCAACAUCCGGCAGUGGUGGAGGGCAGAUUAUAUGCGAUUUUUAAGAAGGAAGGUUUUAUAGAAGGAUGCUGCAAAAAAAAAAAAAAAAAAAAAAAGCUUUGUCCAAAAAAGUUAGGACAUUUUUUUUUUUUUUUUU